AAACAACUUAUGUAAACUCGAAAAAAUAACAUAAAAUCCUGAUGUGCUAAAUAUAUCUGUGCUAUACUGAAUUAUAAAAGAUUGAGGUAAAAUCUGUAAUUAUAGUACAGUAUAUGAAAUGUAAAAAAAAAAAACGGUGUUCACCAAGUUAAGCAGCUUGUACAGUAAUUCUGUGUAUUUUGCCUAUGUAUGCUUUUUAAAAAUGCCAGGUUCAUUAUUUGGUGGAAUAAAAUCAUUGAAGUAAUGUGUCACAUGUACAAUAGUAAUCAUCUCAAACAAACCAAUCUGAUUUAUUUAACAUAAAUACUAUUUAUUUUGUAAUUCAGUUUUCAUUUCCAAAAAUGAAAAUAUGAAAUAUUUACAAUCAGAUCGAAAAAUACUUUUAACAGCUAUUACCUUGUAGAUAUACACCAUCCCCCCACCCCAUUAUAGGCACAUCAGGAAACACAGUAUACCUGUAGUUUAAAUACAUUAUAAUAAAUUUGUCAUUCAUAUUAUUAUAUGAGGGUUAAGUGUCUAAGAUUUCUUUGAUAUCACAUAUAUAGAUUUUCCACAUCGUCAGAAUGUCCAGUUUAGCAUGGUUGAUCCAUGCUAACGACAGUUCUAGGUACAGUAUUUCCAAUAGUGAAUGCAACCAGUGCUUAACAGAGAGAUCAAGAAGGAUUUCCACCUCUGUACAAACAUUUUCUUUGUAGCAGUUGAAGCAGCUAACCUAAAUUUACAGACUUUUGCAUUUAAGGGAAAUUGAGAGUUAUCAUUCAACAAUAACAAUACAGGAUCUUUGGGGGAAAAACACCAAACAUUCCCACAUCAUAUGUAAAAAGGUCUCUGGAUGUGGCUGUGGUUCACAGAAUUUACAAUAAGGAUGUGGAGAUAAAUUUAUGAUAUGUCGAAUACGUGUAGUUAAAUUUGCCCUGUGAACAGUUUUAAAUUGAAUAAACUGGUGAUUAGGGUUUGAGGAAGCAUGGAAUGUAUUAUCCCACACAGUUUCCCAAUCAAUAAUUGUAUUGGGCAGAGACAGAUCAGAUAGCCAUAGUCUUUCUUUUGAGAAAAUAUGUGUAUUAACAUUAGAAAGACAGCAAUAGAGAUAGGAGACAGUUCCUUUUCUUGGAGCAGUGCACUACAAUCCAUUUCACAAUCGGAUGAGUAUGAAAAUCCAUACCUCAUAAUGUCUUACGAGCCUUUAGUGCUGCCCUUAUUUUAAAAUAUAGAAACAGAGUGUUGGGGGAUAUAUUAAAUCUGUUAACCAGCCCUUGAAAAUCUAGGAUUGAUUUUUCUCCAUUUAUGCCUUUUAAUAUUAGAAUACCUUUAUUGGCCCAUGAUGGCUGAUUAAAAGGUUGUCCUCCAGAAAAAAUACAAAAAUGUUUAUACAUUCUCUGGCCAGCUAGCAUUAAGAACUAUAAAUGUUAAAGGUCAUAUAAACCUGAUUUAUAAUCUCUUGGUUCCAGUUUUAAACCCUAAGAUUAUAGAUGUUGUGUAUAGAGAAAACUAAUUGUCUGUUGAUAAAUUCACAUUAUAGCAUUUCAAUGCUAAUUCUCACUAUUCUGUCUUGUUAUAACCAGUAAAAUGUAUAUCUUUUGUUAAGUUUUGCUUUGCACCUGCAUGGUCUGUAUACUGUCAUGGUUAAGAUGGGAUAACCAGACCAACCUAGCAGAUAUAUCUGAGGGAUUAUUUUAACGUGCCCCUAAUCUAAUUUGACCCGAGACAGAGGAGACUAGCGAUUACCUGACCAUAGUCCACGCAUGGAUUUUUUAAAGUGUAUAUUUAGAUUUAUAUUGAACUUGAUUCAGAUAAACAUUUCAAAUGUUAUAGUUAAUUGUGUGAGCUUGUUAGAAAUAAGCAACUUCACAUUGGACGUCUUGAUUGGCUGCAAGAACUAACAAAGCUGGACACAACCUACACCUCAGGGCAAAACACACAUACACACAUGAAGAGAGAGAGAGAAAGAAGAAAGAAAGCGAGAGUGAUCUGAGAAUCUGAGGCUGUGGUUCUCUCAGCGUCUCCGCAUCUCUCAGCAGUGUAUAAUGAGAUUAACCACACGGCCUCUGUGCACAGGGUCAACCGCUCGGAUUAUCACACAGCACUUUGACAUCACAAUUCAGACACCUGUUUUUUUUCUGCUCUUUUUUGGAAACCUUUGAACCUUUCAUACUCUUGACUUGUCACUUCUAUUGUCUUCUUGAAGACUGAAGACUUUGAUUCCGACAGCUGACAGACAGGCUGCCCUUGGACCAUCAGCUGAAAUAUGAACGGCUGUUUUCUCCAGCUGAGAUGAGGAGUGUAUUUAUGGGCUGUUGAGUUUGAGGGUGGAUGGUAACUAUUGAAAUUUACAUUUGAAAACAUAACCCAAUGCCACUGUCAAACAACAAGGUCGCUGAUGAUGGAAGUUCGACUCUGCAAGAGGGAAAAGCAAUGGUGGACUCGCUCAUUAAGGUGGUGGCGUGUUAUCGGCACCUGGCCUCCUGUGUUGGUGGAUGCACAGACAGCUCAAGCCUACGACGCGAUCUCCGGCAAACACGGGAGCGAGCCCAGACACUGGCACUGUCCUGCCGAAACCACCUCACCACUCGACUGAGGGAUAAAACAUUACCAGAGGCUGAGAGGAAGGAAGCGGAGCGGCAGUGGGUGUCCUUCUCCUCAUGCCUGGAGCUCUUACAUGCAGAUAUGAGCAAAGUGUUCGCCAUGGCCAAGCACUUCUCCCUGGCCAACAACAGCACCAUGGUGCAAACAGGCAUACAGGGGGGGACGACAGAGGUGGCUGCACGUGCCCUGAGUCUGCCUGACCUCCAGGAGGCUGGGGCCGGUACCCAGACCUCCAGUGUGGAGGGUCAGGAGCAGAGUCAGCUGGAGCAGGAGAUCACUCAGGUGGACCGAACGCUGGAUGACAUGGAGAUGAAGGUCAAUGUGCUUCGCUGGACGGUGGAGGCUCUGGGUCCUCAACACACAGACCCUGUUAGCACGGACAGCGCCUCGCUAGCACUCCUGUCCAUGGAUGAAGAGGCAGCUCAACGUUUCUGCAGUCAUAGCCAGAUGUUUGCAGCAAUGAUGCUGUGCGGUGUGGCCAUGUUUGCCGUGGUGCUAUCAGUGUGUGUGGUUUUCCUGGUCUGAAGUCCUAGCAUUAUCUCUUUUCUUUUGCCGGAGGUCUAUUCAGUUGUGAUCGGCCAAACAUCAACAGUCAACAUAAAAAUGUCUUUGUACUUAUCGACAACAGUUCCUUAUGUUGAAUUCAACAGAGCCUAUAUGAGUCCUUUUUCACAUCAAUCCAUCUUUGCCAUUAAUUGUGCACGUAUGAUCAAAAGAAAGCAUUAUGAAUUAUAUUGUGCUUUAAUUCAGAGUAAUGUAAUAUUUGGGCAAGAAGCAAAAUCUGAUUUCAUAUGUAGCCUACGUUUAAGAAACAGACUUGUGUUUUGAGAGGUUGUGGUCAUAGGGUGGUUCAUCAUAUACCAGAACUUUAUUUUAGAUUUGGGAUAUAGCAAAUGCAAUGAAACAAUCUUAAAUGCACCUAUAGCAAGCCUGUACUGUGCUCUUAGAACACUGUCAACAGAAAUGCAUAGGGCUUUGAUAUGUUGC